UUUAACUGCCUUCCACAUUUUCCCUGUAUACAAACACCAGGAUACCCGAGGCCCGCUUUAAGGUGGACUUGAGUGCGGAAGGCGGAGCUGAGAUGGCAGCGGAUUGCAAGGGUCCUGGAUGCUGGGCCCUCUAGGAUGUAAAUGACCCAUAAGUUUCUUGAGCCGGGUACGGCUGGGGACGCUGGGCCCAGGUCAGAGGUUUGUGGAGGCCACCUUAAGUGAGAGGCCAAGACGGGUAGGGCUCCGCCCCACGUGGGGCUGCUAGACCAAAGGAGGUUCCAGCGGGCGGCAGAAGGUGGGUUCAAUGAGCAAGCUUCAAGUCCCAGCCCAUCUAGCGUCUCUGGCUAGGCUGAACUCUGACUAUGGCUCCGCCCGUCAUGGAGAAGCGUCCGUGGGCGGGACGCCCCGCCCCCCACCUCGGGGUCUGCUCUCAGCUCCUGGAGCCCAGCGGCCUCCUAGUCUGAAGCGUUCACUUUAAGUCUGGCCGGGAGGCAGUCCUAGUUCUCGCGGGAUCCGAUCCUCUGAUUCUCGCGAGAGGGGCAUUCGGCACUCAUUGGCUGUAAAGGUUGAAUGUAAGAUGGCGCCCAGGGAGCUGUGAGGAGAAAAUCCUGUCGGUCUUGGAACAGCGACGGCAGAACCGGGGCCCCGGGCGGUGCGGCGGGGCCGGCGGGUAGAGCGGAGACAGCGGCGGCGGUGACGUCGCCGGAAUGUUAGAAGUCUUAAGAACUCAGGACAAGCAGCAGAAAUACAUGCAACAUGGUGACUGGAACCCUAAGGACUCUGCAAUAUGAAUAAUUCUCUGGAGAACACCAUCUCCUUUGAAGAGUAUAUUCGAGUGAAGGCACGGUCUGUCCCACAACACAGGAUGAAGGAAUUUCUGGACUCACUGGCCUCUAAGGGUCCAGAAGCCCUUCAGGAGUUCCAGCAGACAGCCACUACUACCAUGGUGUACCAACAGGGUGGGAACUGCAUUUACACAGACAGCACUGAAGUGGCUGGGUCUUUGCUUGAACUUGCUUGUCCAGUCACCACCAGUGUUCAGCCACAAACACAGCCAGAGCAGCAGAUCCAGGUUCAGCAGCCACAGCAGGUUCAGGUACAGGUGCAGGUACAGCAGUCUCCGCAGCAGGUCUCGGCUCAGCAGCUCUCCCCGCAGCUCACCGUUCACCAGCCUGCCGAGCAGCCCAUCCAGGUCCAGGUGCAGAUCCAGGGCCAGGCACCGCAGUCAGCAGCCCCUUCUAUCCAGACCCCGUCUCUACAAAGUCCCAGCCCCUCGCAGCUACAAGCAGCCCAGAUCCAGGUGCAGCACGUGCAGGCGGCCCAGCAGAUCCAGACUACAGAAAUCCCGGAAGAGCACAUCCCACAUCAGCAAAUCCAGGCUCAGCUUGUGGCUGGCCAGUCUCUUGCUGGGGGUCAGCAGAUUCAAAUCCAGACCGUGGGUGCCCUUUCCCCACCACCAUCCCAGCAGGGCUCACCUCGGGAAGGGGAGCGGCGGGUUGGCACGGCCAGUGUCCUCCAGCCUGUGAAGAAACGCAAAGUGGACAUGCCCAUCACUGUGUCCUACGCCAUCUCAGGGCAGCCGGUGGCCACCGUGCUGGCCAUACCACAGGGCCAGCAGCAGAGUUAUGUGUCUUUGAGGCCAGACUUACUGACAGUAGACAGUGCCCACCUGUACAGUGCCACUGGGACCAUUACUAGCCCUACAGGAGAAACUUGGACCAUCCCUGUUUAUUCUGCCCAGCCCCGGGGGGACCCUCAGCAGCAGAGCAUUACCCACAUUGCCAUUCCCCAGGAAGCCUACAACGCAGUUCAUGUCAGUGGCUCACCCACAGCCCUGGCAGCUGUAAAGCUGGAGGAUGACAAGGAGAAGAUGGUGGGCACCACGUCUGUAGUGAAAAACUCCCAUGAAGAGGUAGUGCAGACCCUUGCAAACUCUCUCUUUCCAGCACAGUUCAUGAAUGGCAACAUCCACAUUCCAGUGGCUGUGCAGGCCGUGGCAGGCACGUACCAGAAUACAGCUCAGACUGUUCAUAUAUGGGACCCCCAACAGCAGCCGCAGCAACAAACUCCCCAAGAACAGACGCCACCACCACCACAGCAACAGCAGCAACAGCUCCAGGUUACUUGUUCAGCUCAAACUGUCCAGGUUGCUGAAGUUGAACCACAGUCACAGCCACAGCCUUCCCCAGAACUUCUGCUUCCAAAUUCUUUGAAACCAGAAGAAGGGCUUGAAGUAUGGAAAAGCUGGGCCCAGACCAAGAAUGCUGAACUAGAAAAGGAUGCUCAGAAUAGAUUGGCACCCAUUGGGAGGCGCCAAUUGCUACGAUUCCAGGAAGAUCUCAUCUCCUCUGCUGUGGCUGAGUUGAAUUAUGGCCUCUGUCUAAUGACACGGGAAGCUCGAAAUGGAGAUGGUGAACCCUAUGAUCCGGAUGUGCUCUACUAUAUUUUCUUGUGUAUUCAAAAGUAUCUUUUUGAAAAUGGAAGGGUAGAUGACAUUUUCUCCGAUCUUUAUUAUGUUCGAUUCACCGAGUGGCUCCACGAAGUUCUGAAGGAUGUUCAGCCUCGGGUCACUCCACUUGGCUAUGUUCUGCCCAGCCAUGUGACUGAGGAGAUGCUAUGGGAAUGCAAGCAGCUUGGGGCGCACUCCCCUUCCACCCUAUUGACCACCCUCAUGUUCUUUAACACCAAGUACUUCCUGUUGAAGACAGUUGACCAGCACAUGAAGCUGGCCUUCUCCAAAGUCUUACGACAGACAAAGAAGAACCCCUCUAAUCCCAAGGAUAAAAGCACGAGUAUCCGGUACCUGAAGGCCCUUGGGAUACAUCAGACUGGCCAGAAAGUUACAGAUGACAUGUAUGCAGAACAGACAGAAAAUCCAGAGAAUCCACUGAGGUGUCCCAUCAAGCUCUACGAUUUCUACCUCUUCAAAUGCCCCCAGAGUGUAAAAGGCCGGAACGACACCUUUUACCUAACACCUGAGCCAGUGGUGGCCCCCAACAGCCCAAUCUGGUAUUCGGUCCAGCCUAUCAGCAGAGAGCAGAUGGGACAAAUGCUGACCCGGAUCCUGGUGAUACGAGAAAUUCAGGAGGCCAUUGCAGUGGCCAACGCAAGCACCAUCCACUGAGAUGCCUCAGUCAUACUACAAGAAAACCCAGCCAGGAAAAACUGGACAGACUUGCACACUAAAGAAGAGGCCUCCAUUUUUUUCUUUUUUCUUUUAUCUUGGGUAGUUAUGAAGCCUUCCAGGCUACUUCUGUUUAAAAUGUAAAAGAAAACUUUGCCCUCUUUCCAUCUUCAUAGACCUGCGGCAAACUCCUUGGUCCAUGGGGGCUCUAGGUUUACUGAGCCAGGUGUCUAGAAAGUUACUGGCUUUUUUUUUUUUUUUUUUUAAGUCUGGGCCCUGGGGGAAGGGCUUGGACUGUUGGGAGAAAUGUGGCACCCCCACCACCACCACCACCACGUCCCUUCUUCAAGAAAGAUGGAAUUAAUGAUGGAUCGACCCUCCAGGGAAUCUCCCCAGCUGGCUUUCACUGUGGACUGGCAGACUUCACUAGAGGAGCCACCUUCUCUUCAUGUUGACAUAAACUUAGCAUCUUAAUGGAAGAAAAAUGAGGGGAACUUCAAUUAUGAUUUACUAAAGACAAUUUCUAUUUACAACCUCCUUUAUGACAAGUGACAUUUUAGAU